UGAAGCGCGCACAAAUCCACACGAUCGGGUUGAGCUUGCUGCCCUCGCACGUUGCAGAGAGUUUAGUCCUCAACGGAUCGUUAAUGAUGGUUCACGCCGGCGAAGAACCGACGUUGGUUCGCGUGGGUCAUAGGAAUCGUGAUGCUUCUCACCUUGCCGCAUUCAUGCCCUUCUGCCGGCGCGAAUAUUCCCCGUGACCGCGGCUUCAAAGCGACAUGUCGGUCCUUGGACAUGCCUUGUUAGCGCCAGUAGACACCCAUGUCGCUGGCUGUCAAGAAGGCGGUUCGGCUGCGGACCUGCGGCUUUUCCACCUUCCGUCGGAGGCUUCACCUCUUACGUUCUUCAUGACUCGGAUAAAAACUUCGCAACCAUGUUAGGAGGUCUGCUGGCUGUUGAUUUCAGGCUUUGCUGUGUUUUCAAUUUCAUCUUGGGCCGAUACAGUACUCUGCAUGCGUCGUCAGCAACUUACUGCGUCUAUCGGUGUUUCAUCAAUCGGUCUGCUGGGCGGUGUUGGGCGUCACCUCCCAGGUUGCUGGGUGCUGUCGUGAAGGUUCCUCGCUUCCCGUGCCUGAUCAGUACAGAUGCACUACUUUCUCUGGUUCCAGUGGAGUGCCGCAAGGUCGGCCGCCCCGCCCGAGGUAGAAAUGCCCACGCGACUAUGCUAGCUGCUCUCGAAGAACAAAAACCGACCUUAGGACACAGCGGCCGCUCAGAUGUGAAACAGGAGAGGAAAAAGAACAGUUCUGCGACCUCAGUCUAUGAAAUGACGUCGAGGUACAAUGCAGCUAGAGCCGCUGUAUCUGCAAGGACGAACAAUCAAGAGCUGGGUGGGUAUCACAAACAAGCAGACGACAAGGGCAGAAAGGCGGGAGAAGGCGCGCUUGCAGCGGGAAGCCGCCCCGACCUGCGUCAAAGCCAGGUUGACUUUGUUCGGGUGCCAAAGAAGUGUCUCUACGUUAUCCACUGCCGAAGCACUUUUGCGUGCGACGUGACUGGUUAGAAAUAUUCAUUUUUUGACCCGACUUUCUGCCAAAUGGUUUGGUGCCUGUUCCCUUCGAUUGCUCCACCGAGCGUCUGUCGGAUUUGUA